UCUCUCCCUCCCUCCCUCCCUCCCUUUCAAUGAAAAAGAGAAUCACUGGGACAAGAGAGGGGACAAGCCCGUCGUGAGCUCACCGGCGACCACCUCCCCAAAGUGGCUUCUGUCACCGUGGAUUCUCACCAGUUCACAGAUGGGGAAACCGAGGCCCAGAGAAGCGAGGGCCUUGGCCAAGGUCACAGCACUCACAUGGCAGAGCCAGGUCUCUCUGGGGCUUGGACUACCCGGAAAAACACAGAUGGGCACAAGUUCAAGUCUUGGCUGCUCCACUUCCAAUCCAGCUCUCUGCUGUGGCCUGGGAAAGCAGUGGAAGAUGGCCCAAGUGCUUGGGCCCCUGCACCUGCAUGGAGGACCUGGAGGAGACACCUGGCUUCAGAUAGGCCCAGCUCCGGCCGUUGUGGCCAUUUGGGGAGUGAACAAGCAUAUAGAAGACCUCUCUCUCUCUCUCUCUCUCUCUCUCUCUCUCUUUCUCUCUCUCUCUCUCUCUCUUUCUCUCUCUCUCUCUCUCUCUCUCUCUCUCUCUGCAACUCUGCUUUUCAAAUAAUCUUUAAAAAAAUAAAAGUGGGGCCAAAGCUGUGGUGCAGCAGAUUAAUGCCCUGGCCUGAAGCGCUGGCAUCCCAUAUGGGCGCCGGUUUGAGACCCGGCUGCUCCACUUCCGAUCCAGCUCUCUGCUGUGGCCUGGGAAAGCAGUAGAAGAUGGCCCAAGUCCUUGGGCCCCUGCACCUGUGUGGGAGACCUGGAAGAAGCUCCUGGCUCCUGGCUUCAGAUUGGUGCAGCUCUGACCGUUGUGGCCAACUGGGGAGUGAACCAUCAGAUGGAAGACCCCCUCCCCCACCGUGUAACUCUGACUUUCAAAUAAAUGAAUAAAUCUUUUUUUUUUUAAGUGACCCAGUGCAUGGGAGCUCUGUCUCUGUCUGCCUUAGACAUAAACAAAAAUUUUUUUUAAAUAAAUUUCAGGGCAGGCGCUGUGGCAUAAUGGCUUAAACCGCUGCCUGCAGUGCCGGCAUCCUAUAUGGGCGCUAGUUUGGGUCCCGGCUGCUCCCCUUCCCGGCCAGCUGCCUGCUAAUGCGCCUGGAAAAGCAGUGGAAGAUGCCCCAAUCCUGGGGCCCCUGCACCCACGUGGGAGACUCAGAAGAAGCUCCUGGCUCCUGGCUUUGGCCCAGCCCUGGCUGUUGUGGCCAUUUGAGGAUGGAACCUGUGGAUGGACCAUCUCUUCCCUCCCUAACUCUUUCAAAUAAAGUAAAAAUUUUUUAAAAGAAGAUAUUUCAUUUGGGAAAGAGCUCCUCUCCAUUCUUGCCAUCCAUCAUUUUUCCUUAAAAUACGUAGCAGGAAAGCAGCUCGUGUGAACACAACCUCACCAGGUAUCUACUGGGUGUCUUUGUUAAAAGGUCAGGGGAUUCGAGGGACUGGCGACCCAGGCACCGUUCUAAGCCCUUCAGCAACGCCUGUCCUCAGAUGGGCAGAAGAGGUGGAGGGAGAGCAAAUUCCAGACCCCGCCCGCUCCCAGAGAUCCGGCUCUGCAGAGCUGCCCCCCCCCCCCCCCCAGCAGGAAGUGACCUCCUGUUUCAACAGGUGUGGCCCACACCCCUCUGGGGGGUCAUGGUUGUGGAUGGAAGUGAGGAGGCAGCCCCUGCCCCACCAGCGGCCGCCUGCCGCCCGGCACCUGUGGCCUAAAGCAAGGGCUGCGCGUGGCGGGAGAGCCCAGCCGCGGGGCCCUCAUCCCUGGGCGUCUAAGCCGCCCCAGGAGCGGUGGGAAGGCCUCGGGCGGGCAUCACCGCAUCCUGGCGGCCCCGCCCCCCACGCCUCCGUCUCCUCGCCGGUGCAGUGAGGGGGUUGGCUGGGGAGAGGCUCGUGCCCCCCGCCCCCCGCCCCCCGCCCCCCACGCCUCCUCUCCUCGCCGGUGCAGUGAGGGGUUGGCUGGGGGAGGCUCCUUACUCAGGAGUCUGGGGCCCGCACGGCUCGGAUUCAUCCACUCGCUGAGCAGUCUGCCACGCGGGGGCCACGUUUAAGGCCGUGCUGCCGCCCGCUGCGCUGCUGGUGUGCUCCCCCGCUCGGUGACGGCUCAGUGUUUGUGCUCCACACCCCUCCCCCUGCCCAGACCCACCUGCUCCAGGGCGGUGGGGUCUGGAGGUGGGGUCUUCAGGAGGAAGUUGGGUCUCCAUGAGGUCACGGGAAAGGUACCCCCGCAACAGGAUUAGGGUCCCUACAAGAUGAAAAGGGGCCAGCGCCUCCUCUCUGCCACGGGAGGGCACCUGCGCCCGGCGCUCACGGGGCCCAGCCUACUGGAUCGCGUCCCGGCAGCCUGAGCUGAGACUCCAUGAGGGUCACUCGGGGCGGCCACCUCUGGGGCAGCCUCACCCCGCCACUUCUGGGAAGACGCUGCCCGGGCGCCCCGGCCCCUCCCUCCCUGCCACGCCUGUUCCCAGCCGCCCCCUCAGGAAGAUCAAGUCAUAAAAGCUUCUUCCAGGACUGUGCCCCUGGAAGGAGCCACACCUGCCCAGGCUCUGUUCUCAGGGCAGCCGGGGCGUGGAGGGGAGGAUGGGGGUGGGGUGGGGGUGCUCAGGCCCCGGAACAGGGGCUGCAGUGGGGACACUCGGCCCCAGGCCCUCCCCUCCAGCGGGUGUCCUUGGGGUUACGUCAUGCACAGGCCCUCCCAGGUUCCUCCCUGUGGACCUCCCGGACCGACUUAAUGAGCCCCGCAGGAGCCCGCCUCAGGCAAGACCCCCCAGCUCUCCUCAUGUCUGGGAAGCAAAAAUAGAGUUCAAACUCAGUGUGCAGGGUGUCCCACUCAGCCUGUGCCCCGGUGCAAGGAGGCAAGGCCCAGCCGUGGGGCCCAAGGCCACAUGCCCACCCCAGCGUUUCUAAUCCUGAGCCUCGUGCAGGACCCUGGAGUGCAGGCUGUGUCUCCGUGAAUGCAGCCCAGCCGGAAAGAGCUGGGUUUGCUCAUCUCCUUUCCCUUCCCCAAGAGGACUCCGAAAAACAGAGGGCACUGGCAGGUCACUGCUGCCAAGGGACACCCAGGACUGCAGGAGGCUCUGCUCUGCCUGCUUAAGCCAUGCACCUCCAUGGGGACCAGGGGCCGCUGACCGGGGCCGACCCCGAGGAGCUCCAGAGGCAGCUGAAGAAGAAACAGAAAAACCGGGCAGCCGCCCAGCGCAGCCGGCAGAAGCACACGGACAAGGCGGACGCCCUGCACCAGCAGCAUGAGUUCUUGGAGAGACACAACCAAGCCCUGCGGAAGGAAAUCCAGGCCCUGCAGGCGGAGCUGGCGUGGUGGAACCGAACCCUGCACCUGCACACGCACCUGUGCCCAGCGGUUUGUGCUUCCUGCCCGACUCCUGUGCCCCCCGGCUGCUGGAGCCAAGCUGAGCGGCCCCCGGGCCUUGCACCCCACGGAGGUGACUGCCAGAAGCAGCUGGGCCCGCUCCAGACCCCAGCGUGCUCGCCAACAGCUCAGCAACUCUCCCCAGGGCCUCGGCCUCUUGAUUCCCCUGGCCUCUUCCUGUCCCCGCCCCCUUCGCUCUCCCUCACCUCUGGCCCUGAUGUGACGACCACACCUCCCGCCCAGGUGUCCCCUAGCCCUGUCCUGGCUGCCUCGCCUGCUGGCUCCAGCCCCAUGGGGUCUUCUUCUAAGCUCGGGGCCCUCCUGCCCAGCCCCCCAGCCCCGCACGCCCCUCCACAGCCCCUUGGGCUGGAGGACCCCGCUCCGGGAAAACUGGGAGCCGGUCCUCCCAACCCGUCAGCUGCUCUGGGGCCUGCUGGCCUGCGGGGCAGGGAGCGUGAGCCUGCUGUCUGGGCUGCAGACUGGCUUGAGCUGGGCGUGGCUCCCGGCCCCUUCCCACUGCUCUCCUCGGCUCAAGUCCACUUCUGACCGCUCCCCAGAGUGGCCUCCGCACAUGGGCCUCUCCCCCAUCGCUGCCGGAGGCCGCCCUUCCGCAGACAGCUGGCCCAGGCCUUCACUGGGGAAGAAGAUGUGUCACUGUGGUCCUUCCCCUGGGACGGGCCCCCACACUGCCACCUCACAGUCGCCCUGCCGAGCAAGACACCAGUGAUGUGUCCGAGGUCACACAGCCUCUCCUCUGCUGAUGGGAUCCCGGCCCAGGUGCCCUAGGGGCUGAAGUCCCGGGAAAUGGGGGCUGGCAGGAGCAGGUCUGCAUGCUGGGAGCUGUGUUGUGACUCCUGGGGCCAAAGCCCUGCAGUUCCGGAAGCCAGCCCUUGCUGGACCCAUGUGGAGGCCGAGCCAGAGGAGGGAGGGAGGGCAGAAGCCUGGAAGCUGACUGUUCCCCCAGUAGUCAGAGCUGGGACGAGGCUGGCUCCCUGCCCUGCCCUGCCCUGCUCCGUGGGCCCUGGGUGGCUUCCCGCCACGCCACACUGAAGGGGCCGGAGGAGAACGAGGGCAGGGACAAGGCUAUUUCAGGCAGGUCCUAGACUUGAACCAAACAGCAGUGAGGUCUGGGUCUCCUCCAGCUGCACCCCACCCCUGUGCGGCCCCCAGCCCCCCGGGAACCCCCAGGCCCUCGAGGCAGCUCCUCGCACUGCCCCUUGGCCUGGGCUGAUGGCAGCUGGACGAGCAGGACUGGGGGUCUCGGGCUCAGACCAGGAUAAGCACUCGGGUGACCCAGGAUAAGAAACCACGGAGCUCCUCCCAGGGUUUUGUACGACACGCGCUCCUGGAGGCCGAACACAGGUCUCGGCGCCCAGGUGAUGGCUGGCAAAUAAAGGGUUUUCCGGUCGUCUUGGCUUGAGUCUUUUAAA